AAGGUUCUACACCUUCAUCCCAUCUACGCUCCAUCCUUCUCCUGCGUGAGGCGCCGUGCUCGUCUACUGUCCACGUUGGUUCCUGAUGGCCGGUAUGAACUCGGACCGAGUGCAGGUCGGACAGAACAAAUUUAUCAGCAGGACAGUUUUGCUCUCACAUCUACAAACAUACAAUCUGUAUUAUGAGGAGGAAUCACUGCAGCUACGCCACCGAGAGGAGGACGAGGAACUGAUCAUCGAGGGUUUGCUCAACAUCUCCUGGGGCCUGCGACGACCAAUCAGACUGCAGAUGCAAGACGGCAAGGAGCCAAUUAAGUCUUUUAAUAUUUCUGCAUCCUUCAGAGGUUCAGGAGGAGACGCGAACCCGGCAAAAAAUCCCUCAAUCACACUGACUCCACCCACUGAUGAGGUCACAGAACCUGAAGACCAAUCAGAUGAGAGCUAUAGUAAAGCCUCAGGUGAGGGGGAGGAGUCAACUCUGCACAGAACCAAGAGCUGUGUGAGUGGGCGGAGCCUCGGUGGGCGGAUCGGACCGAGAAACCAGCGACAAAUCAGACGACACCGCUGUUCCUUUAACGGCCAUUUCUACAAUCAUAAGACAGCAGUGUUCACGCCGACGUUCGGGUCGGUCACUAACGUCCGUAUCAACAGCUCCAUGACCACAUCACAGGUUCUCCGUGUUCUGCUCAACAAGUUUAAGAUCGAGAACAGUCCAGACGAGUUCGCCCUGUUCCUCCUGCACACCAGCGGGGAGCGAGUGCAGCUGAAGCGAGAUGACCACCCACUGACCAUCAGGGUUCUUCAGGGACCAUGUGAACAGAUCUGCAAACUCUUCCUCAUGGAGCCUGACCAGGUGGAGGAGGUCACGUACGACGUGGCUCAGUACAUAAAGCUGGAGAUGCCGGUGCUGCAGAGCUUCAUCGUUAAACUGAAGGAGGAGGAGAACAGAGAGACGGAGAAGCUCAAGCACAGGUACAGUGAAAUGCGGCGUCUGAUUCGGAACCACAUGUGUCUGGAUGAUGAAGCUGUCUGCUAAUACACAAACGUCCCAUCUUCAUUUGAAAUGUUUCUAGAUAGACAAAGUGUUUUUUCUCCCUGGAUUGUCUCCCUUUAUUUCCCUAUAAUUUAGUCAUAUCUAAUUCCCGACUGUGAAUCUGCAGCUGCUUGCACAACCCUGAUAUGAUCAACGAGACCCGGAUCACCACACGCCCCUCCAACACGCGUCCGUGUCAGAUUGGGAGUGAAAUUAUAAAAAUGAUUUGAAUGAAGUUUUAUUUGAUAAUAAAAUAUAUUUUAAUGUU